UUUUCUCAAGCCAUCUCUUACAUUUGAGCUUGCAGAGUACAACCCUACAAAGAGUGGUUAUCAUCCUGUUCUUGAUGCUUGCUGGGUCCCUGGCCAAAAGAUGCCAUACCUGGCUGUGGCUCGUACUUUUGAAUAUAUUGAGAAAGAAUCUGCCCGGUUGAAAAUUAUAGAGACCUUAAGCAACCUCUUUCGUUCCGCGAUUGUCCUAUCUCCACAAGACUUGCUCCCCUGUGUCUACCUCUGUCUCAAUCAGUUAGGCCCAGCAUAUGAGGGCCUAGAAUUAGGCAUUGGCAAAACCAUCCUCAUGAGAGCUCUGGCCCAGGCCACAGGUCGGCAACUGGACCAAAUCAAGGCAGAGGCAGCAGAGAAGGGAGAUCUAGGUGUAGUUGCUGAAAACAGUCGCACAACACAAGGAACUGUCAUUGCUCCACUCAAACUUGGUGCUGCUGCUGUCUUUGGCAAAUUGCGAGCAAUUGGUCAGAUGGUGGGAAGCUCUUCUAUGAACAAGAAAAUUGACAUUAUCAAAUCUUUGUUUGUUGCAUGUCGCCAUUCAGAGGCUCGUUAUGUGGCUCGGUCACUACAAGGAAAGUUACGGAUUGGAUUAGCAGAGCAGUCUGUCCUCUCAGCUCUUGCCCAGGCAGCAUCACUCACUCCCGCAGGACAAAAAUUUCCCCCAAAGGUUUUGGAUGCCGCAAAGGGCAAAUCUGCAGAUGCACGCAAAGCCUGGCUAGACGAAAGGGUCUUGAUUGUUAAACAGGCCUUCUGCGAACUACCAAAUUAUGACAUAAUAGUACCUGUCCUUUUGGAACAUGGUGUGGAGAGCUUGCCUCAGUACUGCAAAAUCACGCCAGGUAUCCCCCUGAAGCCCAUGCUGGCUCAUCCAAUCAAAGGAAUUGGGGAGGUAUUAAAACGCUUUGAAGAAGCAGCCUUCACUUGUGAAUAUAAAUAUGAUGGGGAACGGGAACAGAUCCACAUUCUAGAGAAUGGAGAAGUACAUAUUUAUAGCCGAAGCCAAGAGAACACCACAACAAAGUACCCUGAUAUUGUCAGCCGUGUUCCCAAGGUGAAAAACAGCACUGUGAAAUCAUGCAUUUUGGAUGCAGAGGUAGUGGCCUGGGACCCUGUUUCAAAACAGAUUCUUCCAUUCCAAAUAUUGACCACCCGCAAACGCAAGGAUGUGGAUGCUGCAGAUAUCCGAGUGCAAGUUUGUAUAUAUGCAUUUGACAUGCUCUACCUUAAUGGAAUGUCAUUAGUCCAGAAGCCUCUGUCGCAGCGUCGGACCUUACUGCAUAAUUCUUUCAGUGAAGUUGAAGGCCAGUUCCUUUUUGCCACCUCCAUGGAUACUAGUAAUGUUGAUGAGAUAGCAGAAUUCCUGGAACGCUCUGUCAAAGACUCAUGUGAAGGGUUAAUGAUAAAAACACUGGAAGUGGAUGCUACAUAUGAAAUUGCAAAGAGGUCACACAAUUGGCUGAAGCUUAAAAAAGAUUAUCUGGAAGGUGUUGGUGACACCCUUGACCUGGUGGUGAUUGGUGCCUACUUGGGCAAGGGCAAACGGGCAGGCACAUAUGGAGGUUUCCUUCUUGCAUGUUAUGAUGAGGAAAAUGAAGAAUUCCAGAGCAUCUGCAAGAUUGGCACUGGAUUCUCUGAUGAGGACUUAGAGAAACUCCAUAACUCACUCAAGGAUUGCGUGAUUUCACAGCCACGACAAUACUAUCGUUGGGGUGGAACAGCUGAACCUGAUCACUGGUUGGAAUCCCAGCAUGUUUGGGAAGUGAAGUGUGCUGAUUUAUCCAUUUCUCCCAUUCACAGAGCAGCAUCGGGUUUGGUGGAUGAAGAAAAGGGCAUCUCCUUACGUUUUCCCAGAUUCCUGCGCAUCCGAGAUGAUAAGAAACCAGAGGAGGCGACUAGCAGUGCUGAGGUGGCUGAACUUUAUCGGAAACAGCAGCAGAUCCAAAAUCAACUGUCACUGGAAAAAGAUGAUGUUUUCUAUUAAUAAUAAAGUUUAUCUAAUUGAAGGGGUUUUUUGGCAUGAAGUCAUAGUACUGAACAUAAGUGAUUUGUAUUAAGUUUGGGGUAGAGAAUAAAAUGGCAACACUGAUUACA